GCAGCUUCGGCACAGCUCUCUGCCGGUGAAAGGUUGGUUAGGUAGUGGGUGCCAUUUGGCGCAGUUUUGAGCCAUUUCUAUCAACAAAAAGUGUCCUAUUAUUUAUUUACCGACGUAUUUUUAAUUAAUUUUGUCGUCAAACAUUCACAAUGAGCGCAAUUAAUGUGAAAAAGCUUAAGGUAAACGAGCUGAAGGACGAGCUGAAAAAGCGUAAUCUAUCGGACAAGGGGCUGAAGGCCGAACUGAUGGACCGCCUGCAGGCCGCGCUGGACGAGGAGGCCCUUGCUGGAGACUCUUCGCUGGGUCAAGAAGCCUCAGCUGACGAUGGUUUCGACCAGGCGGGUAUGGGAGAGGAGGAAGAGGACGAGGGCCCAAUAGAAGAAAGCAUGGAAGCUAACGAGGAAGAUCCGGGAAACGGGGACGAUGGCAAUGGCGUCGCCGAAGACGAAGAGAUGGGUGAGGGGGAAGAUGAAGGGGAUGAGGACGACGAGAUGGAUCCUAUGCUCAAAGGAGACGUAGACGAUAUGGACAAAAUUGACACAGAGGACGGUGAGCCCGGGGACCAGGCUGCUGAGGGGGAUGCGGACAAAGACACGAAUGCUGAUCAGAAGAAUAAGAAGGGUGUUAAGAGACGCCGGGAGGAACAUGGAAGGGGCUACUUUGAAUUUAUUGAAGAGAACAAAUACAGCUGUUCCUCCUUUAAGUCUCCAGUACCCCCUCUGGAAGAAGAAGAUGAAGAGUAUGAUGACACUAAAGUCUGCUUGGAUUCCUACAACUGUGACCUGCACUUUAAGGUGUCACGAGAUCGUUACAGCGCCUCAUCCCUCACGAUGGAAAGCUUUGCUUAUCUCUGGUCCGGAGGCAAAGCUACCUACGGUGUGAACCAAGGCAAAGCCUGUUUUGAGAUGAAGAUCACAGAAAAGAUUCCAGUGAAGCACAUUUCCAGCAAGAUGGAUAUUCAUGAUGUGCAGGUUGGAUGGUCUCUGGCAACGGGCACACUGCUUCUUGGGGAGGAGGAGUUUUCCUACGCUUACUCUGGGAAAGGCAAGAAGACAACCAACUGCGUGACGGAGGACUUUGGAGAAACUUAUGAGGAGAAUGAUGUCAUCUGCUGCCUUAUUGACUUUGAGGGAACAGAGGUGGUCUUGUCCUACUCCAAAAACGGCGGCGAUCCCACCGUCGCUUUCCAGGUCAGCAAGGAAUCUCUGAACGGCCAGGCUCUGUUCCCCCACGUUAUUUGCCACAACUGCGCUGUGGAGUUCAACUUCGGCCAAAUGGAGACCCCAUAUUUCCCUCAGCCGCAGGGCUACACCUUCCUGCAGCAGAUCCCUGUCAGUGAGCGGGUGCGGGGGGUGAAGGGGCCACAGACUAAGGCUGAAUGUGAGAUCAUAGUGAUGGUUGGUCUGCCAGGCUCAGGGAAGACUACUUGGGUGAAGAACCAUGUCCAAGAGAAUCCUGGGAAAUACUACAUCCUGGGUAGUGACACCAUUGUGGAAAAGAUGAUGAUCAACAGCCUGAAACGACAGUCAAAGGACAUCACAAAACUGACUGCCAUUUCCCAAAGAGCACCACUUUUCUUGGGAAAAUUCAUUGAGAUCGCUGCCCGCAAGAAGAGAAACUACAUCCUGGAUCAUACUAACCUGUCUGCACCAGGCCAGAAGAGGAAAAUGUGUUUGUUUGCUGGCUUCCAGCGUAAGGCUGUGGUGGUCUGCCCUUCUGAUGACAAUUACAAGCAGAGAGUCCAGAAGAAGGUUGAGAGUGAUGGCAAGGAGGUGCCUGAGCAUGCUGUGCUCAAAAUGAAAGGCUUCUAUGCUUUGCCUGAGGAAGGAGAGAGCUUCAACGACAUCAUUUAUGCUGAGUUGGUUAAGGACGAUGCUGCCAAGCUGCUUGAGCAGUAUAAAGAGGAAAGCAAGACCGCUCUGCCUGCUGAGAAGAAGCCCAACCAGGGAAGCACAACACCGAAAAGAGGCAGCAGCGGCGGUGGCCCCCGUGGUGGCGGUCGGGGAGGCAAGAACCAGUUUGGCCGCGGUGGGCCUGGACAGAGGGGUGGUGGACGUGGGGGCUUCCAGAACAGAGGCAACUUUAGAGGAGCUCCCGGCCCUCGCGGCAGCUUCAGCCGUCCUCCUCGCGGCUUCCUGCCUCCCCCGGCCUUUAGAGGAGGAUUCCACAACCGUGGGAACUUCAGCCGAGGUGGCGGCCCCAUUCCCAGCCUGGGCGGGUCCCCGAGGGGUGGAUUAAUGAGGGGUAACAUGGGACACAGGGGAGGACCCAUGAACAGAGGCGGCCCAAUGAACCGAGGGAACAUGAGCAGAGGAGGUGGAGGCAACAUGAGUCGUGGUGGAAACCGGGGGCAUCCCGGCCAGUUUCAGCAUAGAGGUGGCAACCGUGGUAACUUUGGCAACAAGAACAGCAACUACGGCAACAACAGGAACAGUGGAAGCUUUGGCAACAGGAACGGCAUGGACAAGGCCCAAGCCUUCAACCAGAGCUGGCAGCAGGGGUUCUGGAACCAGAAACCUUGGAGCCAGCAGUAUCAGCCUGGAUAUUACUAAGACACUUGUUGUAACGGACUGGUGGCCAACACUGAGAGCCCACCACUAGCCACGGAGCAUCCCUCCGCCCCUGCGGUUUGUUUCCUUACUUAGAUUACCACUUUUAAUAACCUGAAACCCACCGACCCCUGAGCAGGACUGAAGCAACUUGCGGAGCAACAACAUUCCAUCGAGGAGACCAGGCAACUCGAGUUUAAUCAAAGCUGAAUAUAGAAUCUCUGCUUACACAUGUACAAGGGUUAGGUUUCAUUCAUCCGUCUAUUCUCUUUUUCUUUUUGUUGUAUAUUUCACAUAUUUUCAACCAGUUUUAAAUGACAUGCUUUUAAAAGAACUUCUAAUGUUUAUAAUAUCAGAAACAGGAAACUCGCCGAUUGGGGCAAUUGAUGAUUUGCUUUUUCCCCAGAGUUGUGCAUUUUAUCUGUGCUGUGAUUGUUUCGCUUUUUUUUUUUCCUUUUUAUUACAAAUUGUAAAUAUUAUUUUGCGUAGUUGUUCAGACAUUUAAAAAAAAAUAGAUUGAAAGGAACCUAGUGACCUGCAGAGGUCAUGAUAGGUUUUGUUGUCUAACAGUUGAAUAAAGGAUCAGUUAAAUUACAGCAAGCUAUGUUUUUUUUUUUUUUUUUUUUUUUUUUUUUUCCCUCUCAUCAAAUCUGUAACAAACAUCCUAGUCCUACAAUAAACAGCUCAUUUGCUUUUUUACAUUCUUCCCGGCUUAUUGACUUUUGAUUUGGUUCAAAGGUGCGUAAAAGACCUUUGAAGGGGCGAUGGCCUGGUUUGCUAAUUCAAACAAUAAAGGCCUCAGCUCUGUACAAACCCCAGCAGGCAACUGUUAUUAUUAUUAUUAUUAUUAUUCUCUUUAAGUGUCAUGUAUUUGAUAUGUCAUAUCCAGUGCUUUAGGUAUUCUAAUGAAUAUUUCUAUAAGAAAGUAUUUUCAGGAUAGAAGUAAGCCAUUUUUAGUCAUCCAUUACGCCUUUAAUUAAUGUACUUUUAAUUAUUUUAAAAUUAGAGCAUUGACUGCUUCCUUCUCAGGAGAAAGUGUUUUCUGGAUCUUCUUUGUUAAUGGUUCCUUAAGUGCAGUAUGACUUCUUAAACAUCAAGCACUGAUGAGUCAAAACACUGAACCACAGAUGUCCUACUGCAGUUUUCCUUUUCAGUUCUCAUGUUGCUGGUUCAGCACAAGAAUGGGAGCAGGUUGGGUGGCUCAUUCUCACCAGCAGCUAAAAGGGCUACACAGCAUCACAACACUUCCACAACCAGCACCACCAACAGUUCAUGAACAUCUUUGUAAGCUUAAAGAAGUGGCAACUUUUUGCAAUCCAUCCUACGUCGUUGGUUUCAGAGCGCUCUGUGUUGGUGACUGUGUGGCCUGAUAAUGAUGGCAGCUUCCCAUUCAUACAGCUCCUAAUGUCUCCUGCCACUCGGUUAUAAUCCUACAUUACAUCAACUUGGGGAAACUACAUCAAACUAGAGCAGACAAAUCUAGUAGUUUGUGUCUUUUCAUAUACUCGUGUUAUUUAAGAAAUGUGUAAAUACUAAAUACAGCACUGAGUCAUGCAUGAAUGGUAAUUUACUCAGUAAUAAAUGUCUUGUGAUUAAGAAAGUAUCAGUUUGCUCGCGUACUGCUGUGUAAUGAACUGUUGGAUCUAUGUAAAUGUCCGGAGAGUGCAAGCUUUGACUUUACAGUAUAAUCUGUAAUACAACAGACCCUAUAUUUUUAUGGCUUUGUGUUGCAAGUUGUAUAUCAGGUCUUUUAUCAAUUAAAUCAUCACAAUGGCUUUAAAAACA